CACACACACGGACACACACACCUGCAGCACACAUCCCUAGAGCAGCUGGAUCAGGAGCAGGGGCUGCCUACUGCAACCAGUGGGACAUAGUGCACAGUCCCAGCAAUGUCUUGGAUGGCAGGGGACCCCUUUAUCAUCAUCAUGGCACUAAAGCUCUCACGGCUAUAGAUACCUUCUUCCCUGGGGAACAGCUUGGCACCCCAAACUUCAUUCACAGACCCCCAACAGGACAAUACCAGGGGCAUCAUCAAGUUUAAAGAGGAAGUCAAGACAGAAGCUCCAUAAUAACAGCUCAACAGAUCAAGACCAUUGGGAUUCCAUGUCUUCUUUAAAGUCACUCUAGAGUUUCAUUUGGGAAUUACUCCACCUCUGCCUCCAUGUUUCUUCUGUGGGGGGUCAGUAAGAGGCACCUUCAAUGUGUGACACAAUUACAAAUGUAUAGCCAAUCAAACCAGUCAACUUCCUCUCCUUGGAAGUUUGCAUUCAUUCAUAUGAAUGUGUCUAACACUUCAGGUUGGGGAAAGAUUGUGGGAUGCGUGAAACUGGAUGAAAAACAUGAUGUGACGUGAUCGCCAUCUGCGGCAACUACAUUUUGCCAAGAUUGUACGUUUGUUUCAUUAAACCUGCAGGUCCCUGUAUGAAAUCUAUCUCCUUAUGAAGUCUCCCAGUAAUGUUGGACAAGUGGAUGCCCGGACGCCACCAAGAAUCGAGCGCAACACUGGUGGGGGUCCCCGUCAAGUAAGACGGGCGGGGAACACCAUGCCAGAAUAACCGCAGGACAGGGAUACCUGGAGUGCGGAAGAUGUGCUCGAAGAAGGGAGACGCACAGAAGAAAUUCCCAAUUUUUAGGACUAUGCAGAGAACAGAAUGGUGUCAGCCAAGGAGACAGAUAUGUACGAAGCCAUCUUGGAAACUAAUGAUGGAUCCAGCUCAGAUGCCGGCUGGUACUUCCCUUACCCACUGGGCUUCCAGGUUUCCCUUACCAGCUUCCUUAUGCUGGAAAUUGUGUUGGGUUUUAGCAGCAACUUGACAGUACUUGUCCUCUACUGUAUGCAGUCAAACCUGGUGGACUCUGUCAGUAACAUGGUGACUAUGAACCUUCAUGUUCUAGAUAUCAUCAUCUGUGUAAUCUGUGUCCCGCUGACCAUAGUCAUCAUCCUGAUCCCGCUGGAGCAGAACAUUGCUCUGGUUUGUUGCUUCCACGAGGCAUGUGUCACUUUUAGUAGCAUCGCUACAGCCAUAAAUGUCUUGGUUAUCAGUUUGGACAGGUAUGACAUCUCAGUGAGACCAGCUAACCGGGUCCUAACCCCAAGCCGCAUGGUUUUGCUCCUGUCCUGCGUCUGGUUUGUGUCUCUUAUGGUUUUCUUCAUUCCUUUCUUUGAAGUGGAAUUUUUUGGUGACCCAGAUCACAUGGCAACAUGGCAGAACCGAACUUUGCUCUGUGUCAGUGUCAACGAGUACCACACAGAAUUGGGCAUGUAUUAUCAUUUGGUUAUUCAGAUUCCUAUCUUCUUUGCUGCAGUGGCUGUUAUGCUUGUCACCUACACCAAAAUUCUACAGGCCCUGAACAUUAAGAUUGGAAACCAUUUUAAGAGAAGCCAGCGUCGGAAAACAAAGAAGAGAAAAAAAAGGAAAUCAUCAGACCAAAGCACCAUGGGGGAGACCAAAAGACUGGCCCCUCCAACGGGGAUACAGAACCCUCCUUUGAGGGUCCAAGCUUCUGUUUCUGUCAUUAUUGCCUUGAGACGGGCAGUAAAACGUCAUCGGGACCGCCGAGAACGCCAAAAGCGUGUCUUCAGGAUGUCUCUAAUUAUCAUCACAACCUUUUUACUAUGUUGGGCUCCAAUUUCUAUUGUGAACCUUCUUAUCCUUUGUCUGGGGCCCAGUGACCUUCUGGUGAAGUUACGUAUCUGUUUCAUCACUAUGGCUUAUGGCACAACCAUCUUUCACCCUCUAUUAUAUGCUUUCACUCGGCAAAAGUUCCGCAACGUAUUGAAGAAUAAGAUGAAAAAGAGGGUUGUUUCGGUGUUGCAAGUCGAUCCAGCUCCUGGUGGGACUGUCAUACAUAAUUCUUGGAUUGAGCCCAAGAAAUCCAGAAAAGCGAAAUUAGAGUGCAGUGAUGGGACUGAUCGAUGUUUGACAGAUGCUGUGAAGGAGUGAUAAUAUGUUUUAUCUCAGAGUUGGUUGCAUUUUAUGGCUGUGGGAAAGCAGCACAUAGGUUUCAUUGAUUUAAAGAAUAUACAUUCAAAGGGCAUUUUGGGAACUUAGUAAGAUAUUGCCCUUAAAUAUAUCCAAGAAAAGCACUGCCAUCUUACCUCUGUGGCCUGGCUUGCCACAAGUCCAUUCAGCCCAUCCGGUUGAGGAUGGAUUUAUCCAGGUGAUGCUGUUCCUUCUGUAAAAGGCCAGGAGCAGUAUGUUUCACAUCAUUCUACCAAUGCUCACCAUUAUGGGACUACUUACAAUUUUUUAUGAGGAUAGUGAGUAUUGUCGCAUGCAUUGACCUUCCAUAAACCAUACUGGAUAUCUAUCAGCAGCUCUAAAAUAUAUGAAUAAAGGACACGCAAAAAACAUCAAAAAAAGAAAUAUCUAAAAGGGGUCAAAAACACUGUAUUUUUAUACAAAUAAUAUAAAUGGUUUUAACUCAUUAUUAACAGCCAUGAACUGAAAAUUUUUAAUUGUAUGAUUAUUUUCUUUUUUUUUUUUUGUUGAAAUUUCAAAAAAAUCCGUAGGGUGUGUUGUAAAAAUAUUCAGUCUUCAAAAAUGACUUUUGGGACAGUUUAGUCAACGUGCGUUAGUUUGCACAAGUUUUAACUCUACAAAUAAUAUUAAAUGUAUUCUUCCACUUUUCUUUAAAAAAAAGAAGCAACAAAAAUUUGCAAAAUGUAAAAAAAAAAAAAAAAAGUGUGUAACCUUCCAUUUUUAUUAAGGCUUCAAAAAAAAUAAAAAUAAAAAUAGAACAGGUGGCAAAAAAGGGAGCUGCCUAUAGUUGCAAGUCCUUAAAUUGUGAAUGAAUUGCUGUUCCUGUUUGUUGCAUCAUGUGGUUUGUCCAGCUCGUCAUUAAAGCACAAUUGGAUUUAUGUCUUGGCAAUAGGAUACCAUAAUCAGCGUAAAAAACACUGUAAAGAACCUCAAGCUACUGUUCCUAAAGGCUUGAGGUUCUCAUGUCUUAAAAACUGAAAGUGGACAUCUCACUGUGCACAACGGGAGCAACCAUUUUAUGAGCUGGACCAAUAGUCCAGUGGCGCAGUCACUCUUUAGUAAGCAGUGUUGCAUGAAUAGUAGUUAAGCUUAUUGAAUAUUAGCCAUAGAGUGCCACGGUAAUGUCAAGGUUUUCGGAUCACAAAAUGGCUGCUUCUGCUGUGUCUAAGUAAGGCUUACCUAGUAACCAGGUGCAGAGAGUCCAUAGCUUUAGAUUAGUGAACUAUGUUAGGCUGACAUAAGGUCAACCCUGAUUGCUAUUGAUCACAUGGAAGGGAUUGGGUUAUUGGGGACCUUUUUAUUGGUAUUUCCAUCAUUUAUGAAUCCAUAUUGUAAAGUGUUUGUCAUUUAUGCAGCUGUCAUGGGUAGCACAUUUUAUAGAGCAUUUCCGUACUAUUCCAUAUAAAUCAUUUCUUAGCUACAACUGAGUAAUAAAGAAAUAUAAUAAUAAUAAAGCUUUUAAUUUAUUUUAUCCAUUGUGUUUUGUGUCAGGAAUAAGAUAAAACAUAUAAACUGCAAGAAUCAUGGGAUAUCAGACAUCAUGAGUAUGUCUGGUCUUUUUACAGUAUACAGCACAUGAGAAUAGAUGGUGAGAAGCUUUUAAAUGGAAUCUGUGAGGUCCCUUAAAGGGGUACUACGCCCCUAGACAUCUUAUCCCCUAUCCAAAGGAUAGGUGAUAAGAUGUCAGAUCGCAGGGGUCCCGCUGCUGGGAACCCCCGCAAUCUCUCCUGCAGUACCCCUGCGAUCAGACAUCUUAUCCCCUAUCAUUUGGAUGGGGGAUAAGAUGUCUAGGGGCGGAGUACCCCUUUAAGGCCUAAAAAACCUCUGCAGUACCAAUCACACUUGCAUGACACACUGUGUGCCAAGCAGUUCAUGCAAAGCCUAGCACUCUGAGUGUCAAUUAAGUGGGAGUUGCUGGGAGGAGGGUAGAGGGACAGCCCCCCAUGCCUAGUUACCCUGCAGAAGAGAGAGAUAAUUAAAGUUGUGUUUUUAGAUACAGUAUCAGCAGAGGAAGUGUAUGGGCACAGCCCCCAAACUGUCUAAAAUCUACAAGGUACAGCUAAUAGGUUCCCUAAUAGGUACCCUUUAAAUGGGUGUAUCCAAAAGGACAAGGACAAAGCUGUUUCCUAACAUAUCAAAUUAUUGGGGUAAAAGCCAUAGGAAAUAUAGUCAAGUGAUACAUUUGUUGAUGGACAGGAGGUAUCGUGUCAUACACCCUUGUCAUACACUCUUGUAUCUCAGUUUCUCAAAUUAGCACAUAUGUAAUUAAUAGGGUUAUCAAGCAAGAGGGGGAUUUUCAAAACUUUGGCCACUUAAAAGUUUAUUAAAGCAAAAACAAAAAAAAACAUUUACUUACCUCCUACACUCCAGCAGUGCCUCUGGUGACCAGCUCCGGGCCCCGACUGAGCUCCUCUUCAGCUCCAGAAAUUGUGAUGCCUGGGUCCCGAGUAAUGUCAAGGCCUGGAGUGUCACACUGCCCUUCGAAACAUCACCACGGCCAGUGAUUGGCUGAGGGGCUAUCCAAUGUACUAGAUGUGACACUGUUUUUUUCUUUAAUGGUCCUUUCCACUUAGAAGCAUUAAGUGACUUUACACCAAAUUACUUAUUGCCCAUAGCAAUUUAUCACAGUGCAGCUUAAAUUUUUCUGAAGCAGAUUAGGCAAUACAAAUUCUGAAGUUCUGGUUGUUAUGAGCAACGGUGCCAAUUUUUCUUUUUUAUAGAGUAUUGAUGUAUGAUGCCCAUUGUGUAAAAACUUAAGAAAAGCUUUCAUUUUAUAAAAUAUACUUUCUAAUCAUGGAAUUAAUCUAACAAAGAUCAAUCAUGUAUGCAAUGGUGGAAUCACUUAAAAGAAAUAGGGUCUAUUAUUGGUGAAUAAUUUACAUUCUGCUUAAUCAAUAACAACUUGUCUGCAAAUUAUGAUCCAGUCUUUGAAGAACAGAAACCCCCAUCUUUUCCAUCCAUAACAACAAAUUGUACUCUAUUCUGUAUUAAACAUCAUACUCUGGGCUCAUGCAUCCAAGGGGCGGUCCCACUCACACAGUGUCAAUCAUUCAUUAGGACUGCCCACUGGAUUUAUAAGCCCAUGGUAAGCAGAAAUUUAAAUCAAUAUAUGACAAGUAGAGAUGAGAGAACUUUUCAAAAAUUCGAUUCGGCCGAUUCGCCCAAUUUUCCAGAAAAAUUUGUUUCAAUCCGAAUUUAUUCGCGGCGAAACUAUAUUAAAAAUGGCUAUUUCUGGCCUACAGAGAGCCUCAAUAGGGGUAUAGAACACUUUGCUGUGUUCUAACACGCAUAUGUUGUGUGCUGGGGUAGUGAAAUAAUAUUGUUAUUCAGAAUAACAUGCAGAUAACCGGCAUCGCUUUUAGAAUCACUGCCGCAGAGCGGCACAAUGAGAGAGCCUGGAGGUGGCAUCAGUAUGAGGAGACCAUAUAGUGGCUGAAUGACACAGCGUGAAGGUUUUGGCAGCAUGAGGAGACCAUAUAGUGGCUUAAUGACAAAGCGUGGAGGUGGUGGCAUCAUGAGGAGACCAUAUAGUGGCUGAAUGACAUAGCGAGCAGGUUGCGGCAGCAUGAGGAGACCAUAUAGUGGCUGAAUGAUACAGCGUGCAGCUGGUGGCAGCAUGAGGAGACCAUAUAGUGGCUGAAUGACACAGCAUGGAGGUGGCAGCAGCAUGAGGAGACCAUAUAGUGGCUGAAUGACACAGCUUGAAUGAGGCUGAAACAUAAGGAGACCAUAUAGUGGCUGAAUUACACAGCGUGGAGGUG